GGAGUUGAAAAGUACUGACUUUGGGCAUUUCAACAUUGGUUUAUAGUGGCGUUGCAUGGAAAUUGGAAAGAACGGCUUUGUUAUCCUAAAAAUGGACAAAAUAGCCAAACGACAAGCUUUGGAAGUUGCCGGGUCUUUUUUGUGUUAGUUUAAGCAAACUUCUAUAUGUUUAGUUCUUUGUUUCUUGGGUUUCUUCAAUGAGUCUAUGAACAGUGACGUCACGGUAAUAUGCUACAAGUUCGCGCGCAGCUGCUCGAAUGAGCAAUCUUAUUCGGUCGACCUUGCGGUCAUUUGUUAGCGAGAGCUCCGGCGGGUGGGGUGUGUGUUGCGUGUGGUGCCCGCUGGGGUGAAUGUGAUAUACAGCAUAUCGUUUUUAUGUGAUUGAAAUAAUUGCACGAAGCUAGAGCUGAACAUUCAAGUGUUUUUCUCCAGUGUUAAAGAGCGUGAGACGGUCAUGCAGUUUCAAAAGCUUGCCGUGAUAGUCUUCCUGGGCUGCGCCGCUUACGUCGCAGGAACUGCACAGGCGCCGCUCGAUGAUGACGACUUUGCGUUCGAGGGCUCCGGCAUGUAUGACUGGCCGAGGAGCACGGCGGCGCCUGAGCCGGCGGGGCGCGCCGACGGCACCGUGAGCAGCAUAGGCGCGCCGUGGGGCCAGCCGGAACCGGAGCCGGAGCUGGACGGCUCCGGCAGCGGACACCGCUCCGACGACGAGGACGACGACUACUACGACUACGACUACCCCAGCUACUACGAGUACCCGGACGAGGCCGACGCCGACAAACAUGACGACUCCAUCUCCAAGGAGAAGGACAGUAGCAAUCCGUCGGUGGGCGUUGGCGUGGUCCACUCCGUGCCACCAGUGCGAGUGGAGGAGCCGGUGGUACACAGCGAGCACAAGCCGUCGCUCGGCGCGGAGCGUCACCCGGAACCCAAGCCGGCGCCGGCCGAGGAGGACGAGGAUCUGUACGACGACGACGACGACGACGACCUGGUGCUGCCGCCCGAGGUGACCCUGCAGGAGUUCGAGAACGUCGAGAACGAGCUGCAGACCGUUAAGGAGAAGGAGGAGGAGCUGGAGCGCGAGCUGGAGCUGGAGCGCGAGCUGGAGCGCCAGCGCGAGGCCGACCUGGCGGGCAGCAUGGACGGGCUCGGCACCAAGGCGGUCGAUCGCAACACGUCCUUCUUCGCGCAGCCCGGCAUCCUGGCAGCCGUGGUCGGCGGCGCCGUGGUCGGCCUGCUCUGCGCCAUCCUGCUGGUCAUGCUCAUCGUCUACCGGAUGCGGAAGAAGGACGAAGGAUCGUACCCAGUGGACGAGCCCAAACGCUCGCUCACCGGGGGCAACAGCUACAGCAAAAACAAGGAGUUCUACGCGUAGAUGUUGCCGUCGCGAAGCUGACAGCGCGCCGCACAAGUGCGCGUACCUGUGUUCGUGUUUGUCAGACUGUUCCGUGUGAGUGAGAAAGAUGGGUGCCCGUGUAACCAUAGAGCUGUAGAUAGAAAGUGGUGAGCGUGAGAAGCUGAGUGAACAAGAGUGAGCGAGACGAUUGUCGGUGUCAGCGGGUGUGCGAGUGAGCGAGUGAGCGCGUGCAGUGCUGAGUUGACGCCGGGACCACUCACACCCUGUAUUUUAUAUGUAUUCUGUGGCGCUGGCACCACGUCAAUGGGCCUGCCGCGGGCGCGCCUAUGACUGAUCCAAGCAGCUCACGGCAGCGGUCGACGACAGCGUCACCUACAACGGCACUGCGCCGCCGGCAGCGCCACCUAUCACGGCACUGCGCCGCCUGGCGACGCUGGUGUUUCCGAGCACGCUCUCGUUCCUAUUUCGUCUGAGGCCGCGCGGGCCGGUCUGAGGGAAUAGGGCCGCAGCGAGCGCAGUUCGGGGAGCGCGGCGGAGCGCGGGACCGGCCGGCCGCCCACUGCCGCCGCUGCCGAGCCGGCCAGCUCUGUGCCAUAUCCGCCGAGCGGGGGCCGCUGCCGCCAGCCGAGAGGGCGCAGCCAACGCCGGCCACAACCUGACGUCCGCGGGAGAUUAUCGGUGUUUAAUAAUUAUUUUAGCGCUUAUAGGGACACAGGAAGGUGUUUCCUUUGUGGUUGAUGCUUCUUCCUUAGGUCUUAUACUUAACUGGACGACUCGACUUUUACGUGGUUGUACAACGAGUCUGCGAGAUGGUUUGUCGUUAACGUUGUGAUGUGCGCGACUCUGCGCGAUCGGGCAGGGCCUCCGCAGUGAUGGCGCGGGGCGUGCACAUCAGCCCCACGCACCCGAAUAAUGUUUGUACGGAACCAGAGAAAGAAUACAAAUUCAUUAAG